AAAAGGAAAUUUUGUUGAUCUCUUUGUCUGUGUUUUCGUCUAAACUAACUAUUUAUUCUUCAUAGUGAAAUAACCAUGGUUGUUUGCGCUGUUAAAAUAAGGGAAAGUGGACGCGGCUGCCUUGGUAUCACACUUUUGCUGUUGAACCUCAGCAUCGCUAUGAUGGGUUUAUUGUUAGUAAUAACUGGUUCAGUUAUAGCAUUUUUAUUCAACCAACAACGAGAUAUGUUAAAAGCCUUCAAUUACACGAAAAUUUCUCAUUUUGUUGUGUUUUUGGGAUUGGCUUUGAUAGCUUUCCAUCUUGUUGGUGCAAAAGUGUGUUUUGACUGUGGAAGUUUUAAGACUAGACAUCGAGUUCAACAUUUUAUGAAAAUUUACUUAAUUCUUCUGUUUGUGGCAUUUUUUCUUAUAAUUGCCUUAAGUAUUGUUUUGUCUUCUGCUAUCCACGAUUUAACCAAAGGAUUCGAAAAAGGCUUAAAAGAGUUGAUGGAACAAUAUGACACGGAUAAAAACAAAAAGACUGAAAUAGACCUUAUGCAAGUCAAGAACAGAUGUUGCGGUAGCAAAGGAUACAAGGAUUGGACAGAAAUAUCUUGGCAUGCAGAUGAUUACAUCAGGCCGGAACUGAAGAAAAAAAAAUCUCGGGGUGUGCCUUUUACCUGUUGUGAUGUGGAAUACAUGGGGCCCUGCAUUCAUGAUGCUGGAGGUAAUCAACGUCCAGGAUACCAGAAAGAUAAUGGAAAAUCGUUUUACCAGACUGGCUGCAGUGAGGUUAUAACUUUAACUUUACGCUGGCUGCUGAGAAAUUUAUCCUUAUGGUUGCUAUUGCCAAUUUGGUUGGAAUUGGUGAUCAUAAUAACCACAAAGUACUUCAAUACUUCGAUCCAAGAUGCCACUGAAAACGGAGAUGAAGAAGGACCGGGUUACGGUUACUUAAUGGAGAAGUGCCCUUGUUCGUGCUUUGAAUUCCUUGAAACGGAUAUACAUAAGAUGAAGAAAGGGAAGGAAAAGAAAAAGAAGAAGAAGAAGAAGAUAGAAAUUGGUGAAGAUUCAGAUUAGUCUUAGAGAAUUAAAAUUGUUUAGUUUAAAA